GGUCGGCAGCCGGGCGGAAGCGGAAGGGGCGGGUCUCGGUGGGCCGAGUGUCCAGCUCUUGCUUGCUGCCGCCGCCCGAGCCGGAGCGGGCGGGGAGGCCGUCGGAGGCAAGAUGGUGGACUACAGCGUGUGGGACCACAUCGAAGUGUCGGAUGAUGAGGACGAGACGCACCCCAACAUCGACACGGCCAGCCUCUUCCGCUGGAGGCACCAGGCCCGUGUGGAGCGCAUGGAGCAGUUCCAGAAGGAGAAAGAGGAGCUGGACCGGGGCUGCCGGGAGUGUAAGCGCAAGGUGGCCGAGUGUCAGCGGAAGCUGAAGCAGCUGGAGGUGGCCGAGGGCGGCAAGGCAGAGCUGGAGCGGCUGCAGGCCGAGGCACAGCAGCUGCGCAAGGAGGAGCGCAGCUGGGAGCAGAAGCUGGAGGAGAUGCGUAAGAAGGAGAAGAGCAUGCCCUGGAACGUGGACACGCUCAGCAAGGACGGCUUCAGCAAGAGCAUGGUUAACACCAAGCCCGAGAAGGCCGAGGAGGACUCGGAGGAGGCCAAGGAGCAGAAACACAAAACCUUCGUGGAGAAGUACGAGAAACAGAUCAAGCACUUCGGCAUGCUCCGCCGCUGGGACGACAGCCAGAAGUACCUGUCGGACAACGUGCACCUGGUGUGUGAGGAGACGGCCAACUACCUGGUCAUCUGGUGCAUUGACCUGGAGGUGGAGGAGAAAUGCGCGCUGAUGGAGCAGGUGGCCCACCAGACGAUCGUCAUGCAGUUCAUCCUGGAGCUGGCCAAGAGCCUCAAGGUGGACCCGCGGGCCUGCUUCCGGCAGUUCUUCACCAAGAUCAAGACCGCUGACCGCCAGUACAUGGAGGGCUUCAACGACGAGCUGGAGGCCUUCAAGGAGCGCGUGCGGGGCCGGGCCAAGCUGCGCGUCGAGAAGGCCUUGAAGGAGUACGAGGAGGAGGAGCGCCGGAAGCGCCUGGGCCCCGGAGGCCUGGACCCCGUGGAGGUCUACGAGUCCCUGCCGGAGGAACUCCAAAAGUGCUUUGACGUGAAGGACGUGCAGAUGCUCCAAGAUGCCAUCAGCAAGAUGGACCCCACCGACGCCAAGUACCACAUGCAGCGCUGUAUCGACUCCGGCCUCUGGGUUCCCAACUCCAAGCCCAGCGAGACCAAGGAGGGAGAGGAGGCGGGCCCCGGGGACUCAUCGCUGGACGCCGCCACCCCCAAGGGCCGCGAGCAGAGAGAUGCCAGCGCGUGACCCGCCACCGCCUCCCUCUGUGUCCCCUCUUCAGAAGUUGAAAAUAUAGAUGCCAUCUUCCCAGC